AUGCAUGUCAGAUGGCUAAUUAUUAUGAUUGUUAGUUGUUCACCAAUUGUUCAUACAACACUUGACUUCAAUUAUCAUAAUUAUACUCAAAUGACAAAUUUUUUGCAAACAAUUGCAGAUGAAUACAAAGCAUCAUCCUAUCUAUACGAAGUAGGCAAAUCUGAACAAGGUCGUGAAGUACUUCUUCAUCUCGUUGAAUAUUUGUUAACAUCAAAUGACGUCCAAGUACAAAGACUAAUGAAUUUAUCUCGAAUUCAUAUUAUGCCAUCGAUGAAUCCAGACGGAUAUGAGAUAUCAAAGGAGGGUGAUUGCGGUUCGGCUGACGGACGUUAUACAGCCAAUAAUAUCGAUCUUAAUCGGAAUUUUCCUGAUUACCUCUCACAACCGUUAAUAUCAUCCAUAACGGCAACUGAAACGAAGGCAGUUAUCGAUUGGUUAAAAAAUAUAACGUUUGUUUUAUCGGCAAAUUAUCAUGGUGGUGCCUUUGUUAUAAAUGUACCUUAUGAUCGAUAUUGUAAUAAUAAAUUAGAAUUUUUAUUGUUUUUAUUUUACCUCAAAAUAUUUUGGUAUAUUUUUUCAGAUAACCACAAUUCAGCUAUCACAGACGAUGAUGAUAUUUAUAUGUUAUUUGCGAAUGCCUACGUAAAUAUGACAAAUGCUACAAAUGAAAAUUGUGAUAGUGGUGUGUUACCUUCAACUCAUGUUAUACGCGGAGCAGAUUGGUUCGAAAUUGUGGGUUCUAUGCAAGAUUAUGGAUAUUUAAAUUAUGGUACAAUUGAAAUGACGAUGGAAAUAAGUUGUUGUAAAUAUCCUCUGAGCACGUUGAACUCAUUAGACGAUUAUUACAAUUAUAAUCGAGAUGCAAUGAUUGAACUUUUACUACAAGCACAAAGAGGAGUCAAAGGAUUUGUAUUUGAUGAAAAUAACAACCCGAUACCGUUUACGCAGAUAAUGAUUAAUAAUAGACGACCAGUUAUCAACGUAACUGCUUUGGGAGAAUUUUGGAGAAUUCUAUUACCGGGUGACUACAUAUUAAAGGUCUUCUUUUAUGGAUACGAAGUCUAUCGUCAACAAAUAACAAUUAAUAAUACUUCACCACUCAAUUUAAUAAUAAUAAUUUCAAAUACAACGUUAAAUCAGUAUGCAAAGUUGUCCCCGAUUGGAUUAACUGUUCCAUUUCCACAAAAUUCUUCAACAACUACACAUUUUAGUGUAUACUUGAUGUUCAGUCUUAUAUUAACUAUAUGUUUAUGUUCAAAAAUAAUCCAUCAAUAAGAGAAUUAUAUAGUUAUCUGUAUAUUGUUUUUUCAUUGUACAUUAAUAUAUAACGGGUGGCGCAGAAUAAAACGGACUAUUUUGUUUCCUCUAUAACUCUGUCAGUUUAAAUCUGAUCGGACCAAUUUUUUCCCAUCAGAAUCGUCAUUCAAUUCUCCACAAAACCAUGUGUAAAAGAUUUUUGUAAACUACAAAAUGGCUAAGUUCUAAAACGAAGAAAAGAGGUCCGAAAAUCUUCAGCUAUCAAGCACACAACCCUGUUUUUUCUAAAAUUUGCUUUUCACGUGGUGAGCUACGAAAAAACUAAGUAGACCAUGUUAAAGAGCAUCAAAUUCUGGUCAAGAUUCAUGUCUUUGAGAAUUUUUUUAUCAAAAAAUGAGUAAAAAAUUUAGCAUAAAAUGUUUUCUCUUUUUCGAAAAAACUCUACUUUCAUUUUGUGUUUUUGAUGCUUGCACGAAAACGCAUGCCAUUCAGUAAAAAAGCGUUAUUUUUUGACGAUUUUUUUUCUUUGAAGGCUAGUACACUCGACUACAUUCUUGUACACUCGUUCGAGUCAUGCAAAGUUUUGUUUGCGGUAGGUUUUCGUGAAAACCCAAAUUAAGGCGUUUUGGACGAGUUUUCAGAAAAUAUCGAUUUAAUAGGCGAAGGCCAUUUUCAAGGAUAUCGGACAGAGCGUAUUUGAAAAUGCCGCCAAAUGUUUCUCCCUUAAUUUAAGCCUGCGCAUAAAUUGUCGAAACAUACUCCAAAUGUUGAUGCAUUUUGAGCGGAAAGUUGAAGAUUUUCGGACCUCUUUUCUUCGUUUUAGAACUUAGCCAUUUUGUAGUUUACAAAAAUCUUUUACACAGGGUUUUGUGGAGAAUUGAAUGACGAUUCUGAUGGGAAAAAAUUGGCCCAAUCAGAUUUAAACUGACGAAGUUAUAGAGGAAACAGAAUAGUCCGUUUUAUUCUGCGCCACCCGUUACAUCGAAGAAUAAGAUUUUCGCGAUAUGUUGCCACUAACAAUAGGUGUUUCUAAUUAGACCUGCGCGUCGGUCGGCGGCGUAUAACAACAGUUUUCCGAUCAGCAGGGCAACAAAGCCUCAUAAAAAGCUUUUCCGCCGUCGCCCACGGCGGUUAAAAAAGUGUUUUAAGCGUAGACUAAAAGAUUGUUUAAAACAUUGGAUCGUCAGCGGAGGGCGCAAUCAAAUUUGAAUACGAAACUUACUUUAAGCCAAGAUCCAUUGUCAAUUUUGCCAAAUUUUUUGCUUUUUUCAAACUGUACUGGAAAUCGAUCUUUAAAAGCUCGAUCCG